AUGUCUUGUUCCAAAAUCCCUCAAAUUGUGUUGAAAUCAUCCUCCAACCAAAGCAACAUGCCACUGAUAGCAUUUGGCACUGCUGCUGUAACCAAUAACGAUGGAGAAAUCACAAAAGCAGCAGUAGUUGAAGCGAUCAAAUCGGGUUACAGACACUUUGACACAGCAUCAAUCUAUGGUUCUGAAGAGGCUUUAGGAGAAGCUAUACAACAGGCACUUCAACUUGGUCUAAUUCAAUCAAGAGAAAUCACUCCAGACCCUGAAAUUAGAAUAUUUGGAUCUUUAUUUGAUCCAUUGGCCAGAGUGUGGAUAGCAAUGGAAGAAUGCCAGAAACUAGGCCUAACGAAAUCUAUAGGAGUCAGCAACUUCACUUGCAAGAAACUUGAGGAUCUACUCUCUUUUGCUACCAUUCUUCCUUCUGUCAAUCAAGUAGAGAUGAAUCCUGUUUGGCAUCAGAAGAAGCUAAAAGAAUAUUGUGAAGCAAAGGGUAUAAUUAUAACUGCAUUCUCUCCUUUAGGAGCCAAAGGGACCAUGUGGGGUUCUAAUGAAGUUAUAGACAGUGAAAUACUCAAGCAAAUUGCUGAGGAACAUGGGAAGACUGUUGCUCAGGUAUGUCUUAGAUGGUUGUAUGAACAAGGGGUGAGUAUGGCUGUGAAGAGCUACAACAAGGAUAGAAUGAAGCAAAAUUUGGAGAUAUUUGAUUGGUCACUUACAAGAGAUGACCAUGAAAAGAUUGAUAAAAUCAAACAGAUUCGUGUCAACAAUGGCCCAUUUGCGUUCAUUCCUGACAUUUGGGAUGGAGAAACUUAA